AUGGGCCAGCAAGCAUCCCUUCCGCGGCCGGGGACGAGCAUCCAAGUGAUCGGAGCAGGCCUGUCACGAACAGGGACAGCGUCAUUUAGUCGAGCCCUAGAGAUCCUCUUAGGAGGACCAGUCUAUCACUGCGGCACGCAGAGCACCCUUGGCCCGCCCUAUCAAGUCCAGCUAUGGAUACAGAUCCUCCGCCACUGGCUCUCUGGCUCUGACACAGACCGACCGACCGUGCUUCGUCUGCUCGGUGAGCAAAUGGACGGAUACGCCGCCAUCACCGAUGCCCCGGGCUCGCAGUUUGUCCCCGAGUUGAUGGAGCUGUACCCGGACGCCAAGGUGAUUUGUACUAUCCGCGACCCGAUCUCGUGGGAGAAGAGCUUCGCACAGGUGAUGAAUAUCACAGGUUUAUGGUUCCUUCCGUGGGCUGUCCUCCCUGUGCCAGGGAUGAUCAAUUACUUCAGAUAUCUGACUCUGCUCGGCGAGCAGUGGCGCAGAAUGUACGGGGAGUCUCGGCUACGCGUCAGACAUAUCUACGACAUAUCGAGUGGUUGA